GGGAGAGGAGGAGGCGGCGGCGGCGCAGGCAGCGGCGCUGCAACAUGGCGGCCGUGGAGGAAAGGGGCAGCCCCGAGGAGGAGAAGCACCUGAACGGGGAGGUGCUCUUGGAUCCCGAGGAGAGAGAAGGCGCGGCGGCGCCUGGCGCUGAAGAAGGAGCGAAGAAGAAGCGCAAGAAGAAGAAGAAGAGCAAAGGAGCCGCCGCCGGACAAGAAACUGAGAGAGAAUCUGAGACAACACUUGAUGAGGUGACAAAACAAUUGGACAAACAAGCACUGGAGGAAAAGGAGAAAGAAGAUGAUGAAGAAGAUGGUGAAGGUGAAGGUGAUGGUGCAGCAGGGAAGAAAAAGAAGAAGAAAAAGAAGAAGAAAGGACCUAAAGUCCAGACAGAUCCUCCGUCUAUUCCAAUAUGUGAUUUGUUUACCAGUGGAGUAUUUCCAAAAGGUGAAGAGUGUGAGUAUCCACCAACACAAGAUGGGCGAACUGCUGCUUGGAGAACAACAAGUGAUGAAAAGAAAGCACUAGAUCAAGCAAGUGAAGAGAUCUGGAAUGAUUUCAGAGAGGCUGCUGAAGCACACAGACAAGUGAGAAAAUACGUUAUGAGCUGGAUCAAACCUGGAAUGACAAUGAUAGAAAUCUGCGAAAAACUAGAAGACUGUUCACGGAAGCUGAUAAAAGAGAAUGGCUUAAAUGCUGGGCUUGCGUUUCCCACGGGAUGUUCUCUGAAUAACUGUGCAGCCCACUAUACCCCUAACGCUGGAGAUCCAACUGUAUUGCAGUAUGAUGAUAUCUGCAAGAUAGAUUUUGGAACACAUGUUAGUGGUCGUAUCAUUGACUGUGCUUUUACUGUCACAUUCAAUCGAAAAUAUGACAGGCUGUUACAAGCUGUAAAAGAUGCAACUAAUACUGGAAUAAAGUGCGCUGGAAUAGAUGUUCGCCUUUGUGAUGUUGGUGAGGCUAUUCAAGAAGUUAUGGAAUCUUAUGAAGUUGAAAUUGAUGGCAAAACAUAUCAAGUGAAACCAAUUCGCAAUCUGAAUGGACACUCUAUUGGACCAUAUAGGAUACAUGCAGGCAAAACUGUUCCCAUUGUGAAAGGAGGAGAAGCAACAAGAAUGGAAGAGGGAGAAGUAUAUGCUAUAGAAACCUUUGGCAGCACAGGAAAAGGUGUUGUUCAUGAUGAUAUGGAAUGUUCUCAUUAUAUGAAGAACUUUGAUGUUGGACAUGUGCCAAUCAGGCUUCCAAGAGCAAAACACUUGCUGAAUGUUAUCAACGAAAACUUUGGCACUCUUGCCUUCUGCCGCAGAUGGCUAGAUCGUCUGGGAGAAAGUAAAUAUCUAAUGGCUCUGAAGAACCUGUGUGACUUGGGUAUAGUGGAUCCAUACCCUCCCCUAUGUGAUAUUAAAGGCUCAUAUACAGCACAGUUUGAGCAUACCAUAUUAUUGCGUCCAACAUGCAAAGAAGUUGUCAGUAGAGGAGAUGACUAUUAAAACUUCAAGGCCAUUACCUCACCUAUGUACUCUGUUGGAACACAUUAUGCCAGAAUAAAUUUGCAGUCUGUUUUAACAGUG